UACCUCCUAAGUUUAUAUAUCUUCUGAAGGCCGUGGGAGUCGCAAAUAACUAAGAACACCAAACUAUAGCUAGAGAAAGUUAUACAGAAGAGAGAGAGAUCAGAGAGAGAUGGGAAGUCACGGCGAUGAGUACAGCUCGGCCUCUUCGGUGAAGAACCCGACGAUUAAGUUCACCAAGCUGUUCAUCAAUGGAGACUUCGUUGAUUCCGUUUCAGGAAAAACGUUCGAAACGAUAGAUCCAAGAACAGGAGAGGUUAUAGCAAGGAUUGCAGAAGGCGACAAAGAAGACAUCGAUUUGGCAGUCAAGGCGGCACGACAGGCUUUCGACCAUGGUCCAUGGCCUCGCUUGUCAGGCUCUGAGAGAGGAAGGAUAAUGAUGAAAUUCGCGGACUUGCUUGAAGAACAUGCAGAGGAAUUAGCUGCCUUGGAUACAAUUGAUGCUGGGAAGUUGUUUAGUGUUGGCAAGGCCGUGGACAUCCCACAAGCAAUAAGCUGCCUCCGUUACUAUGCUGGUGCAGCUGAUAAAGUUCAUGGAAAAGUACUGAAGAUGUCGCGUGAACUUCAUGGAUACACAUUGCUUGAACCUAUUGGUGUCGUGGGGCACAUUAUUCCCUGGAAUUUCCCCACCGUAUUGCUCUUUGUGAAGGUUAGCCCUGCUUUAGCUGCCGGGUGCACUAUAGUCAUCAAGCCUGCCGAACAAACUCCUCUGUCAGCUCUAUAUUAUGCUCAUCUUGCUAAGCUGGCCGGAAUCCCUGAUGGAGUACUCAAUGUUGUAACUGGAUUUGGACCAACCGCUGGGGCUGCCGUGAGCUCUCACAUGGACAUCGAUGCGGUUUGUUUCACUGGUUCCCAAGAAGUAGGUCGCAAAGUAAUGCAAGCUGCAGCAGAAAGUAAUUUAAAAGUAGUUUCACUUGAAUUAGGAGGCAAGUCACCCCUUAUAAUUUUUGAUGAUGCCGAUUUAGAUAUGGCUGCCGAGCUUGCUAUCUUGGGUAUUUUAUUUAACAAGGGAGAAGCGUGUGUGGCAAGUUCUCGUGUUUAUGUUCAAGAAGGGAUAUAUGACGAGCUUGUGAAGAAAUUAGUGGAAAAGGCAAAAGCUUGGGUUGUUGGGGAUCCUUUUGAUCCUAAAGUUCAGCAAGGACCUCAGGUCGAUAGGAAGCAGUUUGAAAGAAUUCUUUCAUACAUUGAACAUGGCAAGAGAGAAGGAGCCACCCUGCUAACAGGGGGCAAGCCCAUGGCUCAGAAGGGAUAUUACAUUGAGCCUACUAUUUUUGCUGACGUUAAGGAAGAAAUGCUUAUAUCGAAGGAUGAAAUAUUUGGACCAGUCAUGGCUCUUGCAAAGUUCACAACAAUCGAGGAGGCCAUUAAGAAGGCCAACAACACUAGAUAUGGGCUAGCAGCUGGCAUCGUGACCAAGGACUUGAAUGUGGCUAACACCGUCUCGAGAUCAGUACGUGCAGGCACCGUUUGGAUCAAUUGCUAUUUUGCUUUCGACACUGACUGCCCUUUCGGAGGGUAUAAGAUGAGUGGUUUUGGAAGAGAUUAUGGAUUGGAAGCCCUUCACAAGUAUCUCCAAGUGAAGUCCGUUGUCACUCCCCUUUAUAAUACUCCCUGGCUUUGAAUCAAUCAUGUUUCUUUUAAACAGGCAUGCAGUACGUACGUACGUACGUACUUGAGUUCUGUAUCUUGAGCUGAUCAAUACCUUGUUCUACCUUG